AAUAUCGCGAAACAUGCGCUCGACCAAGAGCAUUGUUCAAAUGGUACAAUCUUCUAAAACGUACCUUUUGAACUUUCUCAAAACCAUGUCAAAGUCUGGAGAUGUAAAAAUACGCAGAUUUGUUGAUAUCCAUAAUGACAGUUCUUUUGGAAAGUACGCUAUUGUCCAACCUUGGGUGGUUUCUGAAAAAGUUACUGUACCUGCAUACAUACCCCAGCCAUCCUACAGUCAGUCUAUGGUACCCAAAAAUGGGCCAGUAAUGCCCGAGAUCAAAGAUGAAUAUCAAAUAGAAUGCAUGAGGCAUAGUUGUAAACUUGCUAGUCGCAUUCUGCGUCAAGCUGGCGCAUUAAUUGAGCCAGGUAUUACAACCGAUUUUCUCGACAAACAAAUACAUGAUAUGAUCAUUGGUAAUGGAGCUUAUCCCAGUCCACUCAACUAUCAUGGCUUUCCCAAGUCUAUAUGCACAAGUGUUAACAACAUUGCUUGCCAUGGUAUUCCAGACAAUAGACCUUUACAAGAAGGUGAUAUACUCAAUGUUGAUGUAACAGUAUAUCUUAAUGGUUAUCAUGGCGAUUGCUCAGCUAUGUUUCAAGUGGGUGAAGUAGACUCAGAAGGCAAACGAUUGAUAACAGUCACAGAAUUGUGCUUAAAGUCAGCUAUUGAAAUAUGCAAACCAAACGAACAUUUUUGUAAUAUUGGUAACGUGAUAGAAAAAACAGCAAAUGAACACAAUUUGAAUGUAAUACCUUCACUUUUGGGUCAUGGUAUUGGGACUUACUUUCAUGGUGCUCCAGACAUUUAUCACUUUGCAAAUGAUUUUCCUGCAAGAAUGAAAGCAGGUAUGACAUUUACUAUUGAGCCAGCUUUGAGUCAAGGAACAACAGAGAUCGAAAUUCUGGAAGAUCGAUGGACAACUUGUACAGUCGACAAUUCUAGGACAGCUCAAGUCGAACACACAAUUUUAAUAACAGAUACUGGAUGCGAAAUACUAACACUUUAGUCGCUUUAGUUUAUGAUCGGUAUUAUACUAUUUAUACAACAAAGGAUCUAUUGAAUAUAUUAUUUUUAGUG